CGCACACCCUCAAGAGAACACACACGGCUAUCCAAAGGACGCAGCAUUUGGGCUCUGAUAGAGCUGCACAGACCAAAGAUGGAGAUGUAGUCGAUCCAGAGCCCACUUCAGGUGCAUCGCAUACAGGAAGCAUCCAGAGGCCCGGGAACGCCAGCAGGAAACGGAUGCUGGGAUCUCGAUGACCAAUGGCGUCAACGAAACUAGCACUGCCGCAGGAGGAGACCACGCAGAGACGGAAGUCCAUGAGAAUAUCACAGCCAAGCGACCGCAAGGAGGACCUGUUCGAGUUAGAGGAUGUUCAGCUCCCCAUCGGCAGCUGCAAAAUUGAUCCCGAGAGUGCUUCUGGCAGUGAGAGGCUUGGGCAUCGGUGCCUGCGCCGAUCGUCUCUCGGAAGGCCGCUCCGGCAGGCCAUGGAAAGAGUCGCCACCUACAAGGAGGUGCCUCUCAACAUUAAGCUCCGGAGGUCAUAGAGAGUGGCAGUCUAGCUGCAGAAGCGCAGUUAGUGCAGUCUUUUGUGUGAAAAUCUGGAUGUGCGUUCGGUUUGUGUUCUGAUGCGUUGCUACCGGUGAGGAGUGCUGUGUAUGGGAAAAUGGCGCGGAAUUUAGGCAUUUUGGUAAGUUAUUGAUAUUUAGCUGCAGCAUAUUCUUUUACUAUGAUUGAUGGCGUAAUUGAGGACAGGAACUACUUUUUCAGUUUCCAUGUAAGUCUAGUGAAGAUAACAAGAAGAUUUUGCAAGUUAUUGAUUCUUAACAUGGAAAUGGACCUAGUUCUAGUGAAGAUAAAAA